AAACCUCAAUGGAGGAUCAACGAAUAUUCCAAAAGAAAAUAAAAAGACUAAAUUGACCCUUUGGAGACAUUCGCAACGCAUCGCACAGAAGAGUCCUGCUUCCCAACUCAAACUCGAACUGUGCUUUUUUUUCUUUCUUUCUUCCACUUCUACAGUCAUGGCUCUGAUCCUGCAUGCUCAGAAGGGAAACAAAAAUGCUUACAAGACUCUGAUUGCUGCUGAAUACAGCGGUAUCAAAGUUGAAUUGGCUCCAGAUUUUCAGAUGGGUGUUUCCAAUAAAAGUCCUCAAUUUAUCAACAUGAAUCCUAUUGGAAAGGUUCCGGUCUUGGAAACACCUGAUGGUCCCGUCUUUGAGAGCAAUGCGAUGGCUCGCUAUGUUGCUCGAUUGGGUGAAAGCAACUUGUUUGGAUCAUCUCCCAUUGAUCAGGCCCACGUUGAACAAUGGAUUGAUUUUUCUUCUAUGGAGAUUGAUGACAACAUUAUGAAGUUGUAUCGGCCAAGACGUGGAUUUUCCCCCUACUUGGCUCCAGUAGAGGAGGCUGCAAUUUCCUCAUUGAAGAGAGCAUUUGAGGCUUUGAACACCCACCUUGCCCACAAUACCUACCUGGUUGGGCAUUCUGUUACCCUUGCUGACAUUAUAGCAGCAUGCAACUUGUAUUUAGGUUUCGCUCAACUCUUGGUCAAGAGCUUCACCUCAGAGUUUCCUCAUGUUGAGAGAUACUUCUGGACCUUGGUCAACCAGCCAAAUUUCCGAAAGAUAUUCGGCCAGGUUAAGCAGACUGAAGCUAUGCCACCUAUUCCAUCUGCUAAGAACCCUACCCAGCCUAAGGAAUCCAAGCCCACAUCUAAAGAUGCACCGAAGAAAGUGGCUAAAUCAGAGCCCGAAAAGCCCAAAGUUGUAGAAGCUGAAGAGGAAGCACCCAAGCCCAAACCCAAGAAUCCUCUAGAUCUUCUUCCUCCAAGCAAGAUGGUUUUGGAUGACUGGAAAAGACUCUACUCUAACACCAAGACCAACUUCCGUGAGGUUGCAAUCAAAGGAUUCUGGGACAUGUAUGAUCCAGAGGGAUAUUCUCUCUGGUUCUGUGAUUACAAAUACAACGAUGAGAACACUGUUUCUUUCGUGACACUGAACAAGGUUGGUGGGUUUCUUCAAAGAAUGGACUUGGCUCGCAAGUAUGCUUUUGGAAAGAUGCUUAUAAUUGGAUCAGAGCCUCCAUUUAAGGUGAAGGGGUUGUGGCUUUUCCGUGGACAAGAGAUUCCAAAGUUUAUCAUGGAUGAAUGCUAUGACAUGGAGCUGUAUGAGUGGACCAAGGUUGACAUCUCCGACGAAGCUCAGAAAGAGCGUGUCAGUCAGAUGAUUGAAGAUUUUGAGCCAUUUGAGGGAGAGGCUCUUUUGGAUGCGAAGUGCUUUAAGUGAAAACUAGUUCCAGUUCCCUUUGAAAGGCUAUGGUUUUGCCACGGCUUUUCGGUAGAGUUUCGUUUCUUUCCUAUUUUCUGCUAUAAUAUAAUGAUGAAAUUUGAGAUAUUUUGUGAUUUCAACGUUGAAACUUAAAUGCUUGAUUGUGGUAGCUUGAUUUUGAUGGUAACAAGACCAGUAUUACAGGUUCUAUA